AUGCUCGACGUGGUUCGAGGAAUCGAAACAGACACAGACAAACGUGAUGCUCCAGACGCAGAUUUGAUGAAGUUGCUGGAUCUGAAGUCCAAAAUGUUCUACGCAAUUAUUGCUCUGAGCGAGUGUCACCAAGACGACGAGUCUGAGAACUGCAAAAUGUCCAGACACACUCUCGACUCGGACUCUGAGCUGAAACUACAGGUGGUGCUGUGA